UUUAACGUCUUGGUCCCGUCCUCUUCCUCGCCCGUUCCCUCCGCCCCCCAGCGCCGCAAAAACCCACAAAAAAUGCUCCCCAUGCUCAAAGUCGGUGCACUCCUCGCCCUCGCGGCUCCCUACGCCUCCGCCCUCACCAUCUCCUCUAUCACUGGCAACUUCGUAAUUGGUGGUACCAUCACAAUCAAGUGGAAGACCGACGCUACCUCGCCCUCCACCUUCUCGGUCGAGCUCCUGCACGCCUCUUUCAACCAGCAAUAUGCCGUAGCCAACAACGUCGAUGCUUCUACUGGGUCCAAGGACAUUGAGCUCCCCGUUGUGCCUAUCGACGAUGGCUAUACAAUCGAAUUGGUGGCCAUUGACAACAUCAACAACGUUUUCAGCAUCAGCGACGACUUCCCAGUUGGUGCGGAGAACACCACUGCCUCUAAGUCUGUCCACGCCGGUCAGGUCAAGACGACAUUCACCCCUCUCUCGACCGCUCCUCUUCCUUCUAGCACGACCGCGCCCCCAGCUGGCUCGUCUACUACCCCCUUGGCUGGAGGAAGCAGCGCACAAAACGCGAACUCCCCGCCGCCAUCAGGCUCUCCCUCCCCCCUCCCCUCCCGCAAGUGCUGCUAUUCCUGUGGCUGCUGUCAGUUACUUGACUGGCACCCUUGUUGCUCUCGGGGUUAUGGCUGGGGUUGUUGCCCUCUAAUCAUGUGUUGUGUACAAACCAAGCAAGGCGGACGCAAACUCAGUCAUCGUCCUGAUAUAUCCCACGCCCUCCCGGCCUGUUGUUGUUACCCCCCUCCACCUCUUACUCGUCGUUGUCAAACAGACUACAUACUUUCGUUUAUAUAA